UUUUUCGUUCCUCUCCUGACGGUCUCAGUCCAAGAUGGCGGCCCUCACUCGUCUCGGCGCCCUCUCUCUCCGGCUGAACCAGCGGCUCCUGCAGCCCUCCGUGGUGCGGUCCGCGGGCAUUUCCACCUCCAAGAAGAACAAGGACACCGUGACCGUGACAGACGUGAUCACGGACCAUGGCAAGACCAAGACAGAGUCCUCAGAGGCCGCCACCAAGAACUGGGUCAGCUGGGGCUUUGACCGCUUCUCCCAAGUGGAGGACAACUCUACCAUGCACAUGACCUUCUUCGUUGCAAUCACCCUCUGCAUCGUCACUACUGGCUUCAUUUGGUCCUACCUCCCAGACUUCAGAAUGCGUGACUGGGCACAGCGCGAAGCUUUCCUGGAGCUGCGGCGUCGGGAGGCCCUGGGCCUGCCCGCCAUUGACCCAGACCUGGUUCCACUGGACAAGAUUGAGCUGCCGGCAGAUGAAGAGCUUGGCAGCAGGGAAAUCAUCAUCUGAGAGAACAGAGGGAGACACUCCCGGUGCAGCAUUACUCACAGCCACUGCCUCAGCCACAGCCACUCCCUGGCUCAUCUUGCACCAAGAGCUCAUCUAUUCACUGUCUGAGAAAGGCAUCAUGGACUGGAUUACUUUACUGAGCUAUUUAUAAGUUAAAGUCAAUUAGCUUCAACCUGUUAAUUUAUUAUAUGUCAUGCCCGGUACAGGGCGUGCUGGUGAUCCCUGCAAGUCCAUCCUCAUUGAUUAUCCAGUUUGUUCCAGAAUUGUAAGGCUCAGCUUUGUAAAAUUGGUGCAUGGCUACAGGAACACUGGCUGGAUGAGCCUUGUCAGUGGGAGUAAAUUUUCAGCAGUAUUGGUUUAACAUGUCGGCGGCAAACACAUGGACAUGUGGGAUGGCAGUGGUUGCACAGCACAGUGUGAGGUGGUAGUGCUGCACACCUUCCUUUGUGAUGUGAUGGUAUGCCUGGCAGACUGUAAUUUAUGGUAGGGCUGAGUCUUAAAGUGAAGUUGUGUAAUGUAAAUAUGUAACAACUUAAAAUAUAACAUUUAUUAAGUAAC